AUGACCUACAAACCGAAAAACGUGGUAAUCACUGGAGGGUGCGGAUUUAUCGGCUCGAAUUUCGUCAAUUUUAUCCAUGGCGCUUGGUCGGAUUGUAAUUUUGUCAACGUUGAUAAGCUGAUCCUGAACAGUGAUACUCAAUACGUCGAUGAGGAGGUAUGAACUUCAUGGAAUGGAUUGAUGCGUUGCGGUCGCGCUGCGGUUCGACGGUAAAAAUCGAGAUUUGAAACUUUUUUCUCGACUAGCUUCCGAUUUUAAGCGUCUUCUUGACCUUCUAAGUGACUGCAACGCGACCGCGACGCUUGGAGCCAUUCCAAAUGCGUCCAAAAGUUCAUAAAUACAAUUUUCCAGGUCCAAAACUCGCCUCGCUACAAGCUAGCUCUGACCGACAUCAAGAAUACCGAAGCCAUCCUCAAAAUUUUUGAAGAAAAUGAAGUUUCCUAAAGAUUCUUUCAAAAUUCUACAGUAAUCUAUCUAGAUAGACACCGUAAUCCAUUUUGCCGCCGACUGUACCUCGACUCGUUGUUAUAAUGAAACGAGUGAAGCCGUUCAUAAUAAUGUUCUGGCUUUUGUCCAACUUCUGGAAUCGGUCAGGAAAUAUGGGAAGAUCCAGAGAUUCGUUCAUAUCAGCACUGAUGAGGUUUCGUUUUUGAAUAAAAUAGUCCGUUCGCUUCGGCUCUGACAUGUCUGCGCCCUCUCCAUCUCUCAGCGGUAUCCAAAAGAUCUACUUUACUGUAGCAAAUAUUAACUGAAAUCUUUUUUUGGUUUUUGAAAUCUCUUCAAUUUCGUAGCUAAUGAUUGACCUGAAAACGCUGAAUGGCUGUUUUGAGGUGCGCCCGACCCGAAACGACUUGCGCGCUUAGGUAUGAGACAGUGUUAGAAAGAGGGAGAGCGCAGAAAAUUCGGAAAAUUCAUUUUUUAAAGUUUUCUGCACAUACCUCUUGCUUGAGAAAAAAAAUGUAGAACCGUCUAAACCUCUUCAUUUCGAACGCUAUUUUUCCAUUGUCUCAAGCUAGUCGUGAAUGAACUAUAGAGCUAUUUAUAGGUCUAUGGAGAUUCCGGCUUGGGAGACGAUGAACAGGGAAAAACGGAAAAUUCUCGACUUGCCCCAGGAAAUCCUUAUGCUGCUACAAAGGUUGGUGGCAAUUGAGAAAAAAAAAAUUACUUUGAGAAGUUGAAAAAACCAUCAAAUAUCUUAAAAGCUAAUUUUUCUGUCAUCAGUUGAACUUUUAAUUUUUUAAAAUCAAUAAAAUCUAAACUGACUAGAAAAAUUCCUUAGAGGAUGAUUUUAUACAACUCGAGAGAAUUGGACGAGAAAUUACUAGAGUGCUGAAUUUUCUUCAUCUUUAAUUUCGAGUUGAAACGUAUUUCAUCCAGGUUUCAAGAGAGAUGUAAAUAAGGGCGAAAAUUUCAUAUUGGCAAUUUCCUGAAAAUUGGCCGAUGGACUUCUUGAUGGACCUUUAAAAGAUCUAGAAUGACUCAACCUGCAAAACUUCCUAUUUUCUGAAACAGUACAUCUUAAAGGCAUAGGGGCAGUAAAACACGGGGUUUCAGGUGAAGGCUGUAUCUUGUAUAGUUUUCCAUUGCGAAUCGAACGGUGUACUCAGAAAAAAUACAGAUGUGACUACUUUUGAAGAAAAACGCGAUUUUACUUUCCCGCCUUUAAUUUUGAAAAAAGCUUUGAAUUGGCCUACGAACAAAUGUUUACAGUAACCGUGCACGCGAUGUUGCGGACUCGCAUUUUUUGAGAAAUAACCGGAUUUCUGCUUCAAAUCAAGGGUUUCUUCUCUGAAAAAACGUUAAGUCAAACAAAAAACACACACCGAUAAUAAAGAAAACACAAAAUAUCGCUAUCCCAAUUGAAACCUGUGUAAAAUCGUCAUUUUUCACAAGAGAAGCAUUUCAAGAUCAGAAUUUGCAAUCUUCUUAUUAAUAGAAAGUUUUUGGGACAAAAAGAAAUUUGGUGACAACAGAAAAAAUUGAAAAUUGAAAGAAACGAAGGAAAAAGCGAAAAUGCGGAAGAUGGCGAAGCCUGUUGUCCAUAGAGCAACUUUACUGCAAAGCGCCCUUUUCGCGGGAACUCAAACUUUUCUCUCUCCGACUUUGAAUGAUUUUUCCUUCAAAACUAGGAACUUCUGUACGUUUCCAAGUUUACCGUUCGAAUCGCAAUGAAAAGCUCUACAAAAUACUGCUUUGAACUGAAACACCGUUUUUUACUGCCCUUGUGCCUUUAAUGUCAAAGAAAACCUUCAAAAUCCUUUCAAAUACACCAUUUUUAGACUUUAAGCUUUGAUUUUUCUCAAAAGAAUUAGAAGACAAGUUAUUAGAGUGGCGGAUUUUCUUCAAGUUUAAACUCUAGUUGAAACGUAUUUCAUUCGGCUUCCAAUGGGAAAAAGGGAGGUUAUUCCAUUUUCUCUGAAAAUUGGCUAGACCACUUCUUGAUGUACCAGAAAUCUAUCUAGAAAGUCUUAAGUUUCAAAAUUUUUUAGUUCUUGAAAAAUGAGGGCUCAAAGCCUCAAUAAAGCAUAUUUUCAUGGAUUUUUAAGGGUUUCUUUGGCUUUUUAUUGUCCUUUUUCAAAAACUAAAAAAUUUUGCGGAUCGAUACUUUCCGGAUCUUCUUCUAGUACAUCAAGAAAUUUUCCAGUCAAUUUUCAGGAAAUUCCGAACCGCAGAAUCCCUUGUAAGUUUCCAAAUUUCAAGCUGAAAAAAUGGCAAAAAAGCAAAAACCCUCGGCAGGAUCCGAACCUGUCCCAUUCAGAUCGCCGGAGAAGCCUACGUUCGCGCUUAUCAAUCUCAAUAUAAUCUGCCGAUAAUCACGGCCCGUAUGAACAAUAUCUAUGGGCCUAAUCAGUGGGAUGUCAAGGUCAGAAAAAUUUGAAAACCGUCAAAAAAUAAUAUAAAACUUUUGAGGUGGUCCCAAGAUUCAUUGAAAUCGCCAAAGUCCGUGGCGAGUACACGAUCCAAGGCAGCGGGAAGCAAUUGAGGUGGGAAAUGGUCGCAUUUGGAAUGACUCAAAGCGUCGCGGUCGCGUUGCGGCUUGAAAAAAAUUCGCUCUGAAUUGGUUCGAUUCACUGAAAGUAGUAUGGCUCCAGGGCUGAAAAUUGGCGAAAAAAUGUGAUUUUUAAAAGUUUUCACCGCUUUUUCGGUCGAUUUUCGCAGUAAAAAGGUCCUUCAAUUUUUUUUUAAAGCUUUAUACUGUAACCGCAACGCGUCCGCGACGCCUUAAGCCAUUCCAAAUGCCACAUUCGAAAAAAAAUUUUAGAUCCUGGCUUUUUGUCGAUGACGCCAGCGCCGGACUGAAAGCCGUAUGUGAAAAAGGAAAACUCGGAGAAAUUUAUAAUCUCGGAACGUAUUAUGAGAAAAAUGGUGAGUUGCAAAAAAGGGCUGAGGGAUUGAACUAGGAAGCUACAUAGUGGAAGUCAAGGCCAUUAGCCAGUAGGCUAUGCUGAAUUAUCGUCAUUUUUCAAGCUUUUCCUAAAAUCUGGAGCUUUUUGAGCAAAAACGGGUCGGAAAAUCGAACUUGGAACCUAAAUAGUGAAAACCAAGGUCUUUAGCCACUGUGCUAAACUGAAAAUUGAAGCUUUUGUCAUUUUUUUUCUGAAGUGAUAUGACUUUUGACAGUGAAAAGACUUGGGGCUAUCAUUUUCUAGAAUCUUGCGCUUUUCGAGCAAAAACGGGUCGUGGAAUCGAACUUGGAACCGAAAAAUCGGGGAGCCAGAUCUUUAGCCAGCAAGCUAUGAUGAAAAGGGACCUUCUAAUUAUUAUUUUCUGCAGUUUGAUUCCAAAUUCUCCAAUGAUUAACAUUUUUUCAAAGAAAAGAAGAAGUUUUUCAGUCGCCGACCUCGCCCAAGUCAUCCAACAAGAAGUCGAUGCGCAGUUAAAUCGUCCCUAUGAGCCGCCAAGAUACAGGAGCAUCCCCGACCGACCUUAUAACGAUUUGAGAUAUUUUAUUAGUAUUGAGAAGGCCAAGGAGUACUUGCACUGGGAGCCGACGACGUCUUUCGAAGAAGGUACCGUUAAAAAUUGAAAAAAAAAAUUUCUUUAGAACAAAAUUUUGAUGAAAAUGACAUAGGAAACGGAAAAAAAAACUUUUUCAUGUUUAAGUUCAUUUUCUCAAGUUUCAAGCCCCUCGAUUUAUUCGAAAAGACUUCCGCGUUUUGUAAAGCGCGCCCGACUCAAACUGACUUGCGCGCUGUGGCACAACACAUUUUUCAGAAGAACUGAGGGAGGAAAAAGAACUUUUUCAAGAAAAUGAAGGAGAAGAAGGCGGUUAAAAUGAACUUCUCUUCUUUAAUACAGUCCUACCUUUCUAUUUUCGACAAUUUUUCUUGAAAAGUUGAUAAACCAAUAACAAAAAACCCAUUCAAGGCAUGAGAAGAACCGUGGCCUCGGCCUUGAAACCUAAAAAAGCCGUCAAAAUGCACGUGGCGAUCUACGGCGGCAAGGGUUAUGUGGGUCUUGAAGUGCAGAAAACGCUCCUGGAGAAGGAAAUUCCGUUCGUUCUGGCCACGAAGAAGGUUGGAGUCGACGCUGAUGCGGAGGUAAAACAUUUAAAAAAGGGACAUUAAAUUCACCACUAGCUUGAGAUACUGUAGAGGAGAAGCUUUAAGAAUCUUUUGAAAGCUUCAUAGGAGAAAAACGGCAUUUAUAGUGCGUUCGCCACAACUUGAAACGGCAAAAAUUUCUCUGCGCUCUCUUUCUCUCUAGGCGACGCUCCCACGUUCACGUGCUAUUUCCACGUUGCUCUAGCCUCGCUUGUGAGGGAACAGAGAGACGCAGACAGGCAGAAAGUUUCAAGUCGCGGCGAACGGAGUUUAACCUUGCUUAAAUAAAGUUAGAAAGGGAGACGGUGAUUCUGGUCCCUCCGCUUUCACCACGCUCUCUAAUCUUCCAUGCCUUUUUUCGGUAAUUCAGCUAGUCCAACUUUGAGCUGAGAACCGUCUCAUUUGAAUUUUAUUUCUGCGAAAAACCCCAUUUUUUUCAUCGACCUUUAUCAUUAUGAAGCCAAUAUUAAAUUAAUCAUUCAGAAAUCAACUCGAAUUUCAGGUAGAAAGCGAGCUGGCCACUUUGGGAGCGACCCACGUAAUUUGUGUUACUGGCAGGACCCACGGACCAGGAUGCAAUACCAUAGAAUACCUGGAAGGUGGUCCUGAUAAGGUGGAUAUCAAUGUUCGGGACAAUAUGUACAGGUCAGGCUCAUUGAGUGGUCGCGUUUGGAAUGUCUCGCGUCGCGUCUUGUCGAGACAAUAUUGAAUUGGCAGCGCCUAAAGAAAACUACCAUUUGGCAGCGCCCGACCUUAUGCUCUUUAGAAUGUCAGACAGCGCAAGUAGUUUUUGGUCGGAUUCGUCCUAGAAAGUUUUCUACAAUGCAGUAAAACAAUCUUUUUUUAAUCCGAGAUUUCCGAAAAAUUGAAAUAAUUUCUCCGUCUCGAGCCCAUUCUCUUGCGAUCUCUAUUCAUUUUACGAAAGUGAUUUUCAGCGCAACAGUCCUCGCCCAUCUCUGUCGCAAACUGGGCAUUCAUCACACUUACAUCGGCACCGGCUACAUGUUCGCUUACGACGAGAAGCAUCCGAUCGGUGGCCCUCAGUUUAAGGAUGAAGGUUUCUUCUUUCUUCAGGGAUUUAUUUGAAAAAAUUUCCAGACGAGCCAACAUUUUUCGGAUCGGCCUAUUCUGUGGUGAAAGGCUUCACCGAUCGGCAAAUGUCCUAUUUUAAUCAGAAGGUUCGGAAAAAAAUAUUUUAAGGUAUUAACUCAAAAUAUUCGAAAUUUUACGGCUUUAUGUAGCUGUUGUCACAUUUUGAAUGAUUGCAGAGUGAUUAAUUUGAAAAGCGGUUGACUUGAAGCGCCUUGCAGCUCUUUGAGCCAUUCCAAAUGCGGCCACCGCUCAUAUUUCUCCCCAUGAUAGAAGUUUGAAUCGCUACAAAGUAGUCACUUUGAAAAGCGACUGAAUUAAAGUGACGCAACGCAGCCGCGACGCUUUUAGCCAUUCCAAAUGCGACCAUAACUUUCACAGUUUCUUGAUUUCAGGGCUGGGAAAACCUCAACGUUCGUAUCACUCUCCCAUUGAGUUUGGACCUCAACCAGCCUCGAAAUCUACUCUCCAAGAUCAUUAAUUACAAGUAAGUUUUUUCCUCAUCUCCGGAUUCGACAAUCAAAGCCGGGAUUUUUGAAAGCUUUCCAGCAAAUUUCAUGAAAAGAUCGUUGUAAAGAGCCAAUUUGUAGAUUUUUCAAUGCUUUUGCUCUUUAGGAAAUGGAAAAAAAAACUAGGAAUGUCGAAAUUUUUCCAGAGAGCUCUUCGACAUCCCAGUCUCCAUAACAAUCCUGCCAGAUUGUCUGAACUCGAUGGUUUCUUUAAUGGAAAGAAGAGUGGGCGGGACUUUGAACCUCGUGAAUCCCGAACCAAUCAGCCUUUUUGAGAUCGUCAAGCUGUACAGAGAGGUUUUAGGACUUUUUUUGGAAAGAUAUUUCGAAAAUUUUCUUUUUUUCAACAAAAGAGAACUUCUGAAUGACCAGGUUUGGCUUAGAAAGGUAGUUUUAAGGCACGGCUUUCGAAAUCGAUCAGAAAUUUUCUCAAAAAUAUAUUUUUGAUCACUGAAACCGGCUUCUCCCAAUGACUCGAACCUCACUUCCUAAAAACAAGAAGCCCAUCUCUGAGUGAUCACUCAAGGGAAAAAAAGGCUUUUCUCGAGUGAUUUCUUUAGUGAACAGUUAAUGAUUAGUCGUAUUGAUUUUAUUUCUUCCGUACUCGGAAAAUUUUUAGUGGCCAUUAUAGAGGUUCGCCAAGGACUACUUGGAGAGAACACUAAAGUGGCCACUAAGCCCACCUCUAUAGUGGCCACUAGUUUUCGUUUUAGUGGCCACUUCAGUAGUUUUUCGUCCAGUAUUCCUUCCAGUAACUCUGAUAAUUUGAAAACAAACAUAUUGGACCAGUUAUUUUGAUCCAUUGACCUCUAAAGUGGCCACUAAAAUUUUUAGCGGUCUAGCAAUAGCUCUUAGGCCUCUAUAAUGGCCACUAGUUUUUAACCCCUUAAGUGGCCACUAAUUUGACUACUAUAGUGGCCACUAAAACGUCUAAACCCUAUAGUGGCCACUAAAAGUUUUCACAGUAAGUUAAAAUUUUGUCAUAGGCGGGGCUUGAAAAGGUAAUUUAAGGACGCAUUUAUCGAAAAAUUCUUAUUUUUCGGGAUCUUCAAGACUUUUAUUUUAUAUCAAAACUUUUCGAUUAAACUAACUGAAGCAUACUUUUUUUCAGAUCAAGCCUGACUCAGCUGGACCGGAUCCAAUCGCGAUCGGAGCCGAUACGGAACGAGGCAAACAAUUAUUGGCCACCAAGGGCAACUGUGCCCUGGACACGACGUUGCUCCAGCAGUUGGCGCCGGUUUCGACCGCCCGGGAGAGUCUUCUCGUCCAUUUUGCGACCCUUUGA